UUAUGUUUCUUACAUACUUAACCUACAUUUAAUGUUUUCAUUUCAAUUCAGUUUAAUGGUACACAUAAAGAAAUGAUUAAUGUUGCUGAGACCCUUCUUCCAGCAAAUAAAGUAUAUCCACUGUACAAUAAUGGCUAACAGUAAAUUUGAGUAUGUUAAAAAUUUUGAGCAAGAUGAAAAAAUUUUACCCAACUGCUGGAUCAUCGUUCGCGUUGACGGAAAAUCGUUCCAUAAAUUUUCUACUAAGCAUAACUUUGAAAAACCCAACGACUCCAGAGCCUUGCGGUUGAUGAAUAGAGCUGCCGCAACAGUUAUGCAAGAAUACAAAGAUAUUUCCAUUUCGUAUGGAAACAGUGACGAAUAUUCAUUUGUUAUAAGAAAGGACACUUCUCUUUAUAACAGAAGAAAAAGUAAACUCAUGACCUACAUAAAUAGCUUGUUCACGUCUGCUUACGUUUUCUUCUGGAAGGACUACUUUGAAGAUGUGAAACUGAAAUACCCUCCAAGUUUUGACUCUAGGAUAGUAUUAUACCCGACAGACGAAAACCUCAGGGAUUAUAUGAGUUGGAGACAAGCCGAUUGUCAUAUCAACAACUUGUAUAAUACCACUUUCUGGUCACUAGUUCUGAAAGGAGGAUUGACUAACAACGAAGCCGAGCAAAAAUUGUGUGGUACCAUCUCUUCUGAUAAACACGAAAUUUUAUUCAGCCAAUUCAAUAUCAAUUACAACAAUGAACCACCAAUGUUCAAGAAGGGAACAAUUCUACUCUGGAAGCGAGUAAAACACCCCCAACAUGGUAGGUUGAAACAGGUUAUUAUACCUUUGCAUGAGGAUUUGAUACAGGAUAGCUUUUGGAACAGAAAUUCGGAAAUUUUGUCCAUUAAGACUUGUGGAGAAUAUGAAUGGCCAGAAAAUUCCAAACUACCCGAGUUGGUCUUGAAGCAAUUACAUCUGAAAAAUGAAGAACUAGAAAAUAAACGUGCUAUGGUUAGCAAAACGACAAUAAUCCAGUGAAGUAUGUUAUUUUCUUUAUGACAAUAAAGUUGGGCCUCUCUA